GAUCAUAGCUUGUAAUGAGGAUGAUGAGCUUCGUGUUUGCAAUGAUGAUGAGCUUCGUGGUUCUCUCGGGUUGCUGCUCAGCGAAGAUCUACAAAGUGGGAGACUCCGAGGGAUGGACUGCCAAGGACGACGUCUAUUACACGUGGGCCGAGACCGACCAUAAGGAGUUCCACGUUGGAGAUUCUCUGGUCUUCGAAUACGAUCCCAUUGUCAACGACGUGACUCAUGUUUCCGGCGCUCUGGAAUAUGAGUUUUGCGACUAUUCUUCUCCUAAAAUUGUCUACAACACAGGACACGAUGUCGUGACUCUCAUGGAACCAGGUUUUCACUACUUCAUCACCUCGAAUCAAGUUCAAUGCGUAUUGGGACAGAAGCUCGAAGUUCUUGUCAUCCAUGACCCGUCACGUCCGGUUCCUCCACCACCACCGAGCAAGAUCCUUCCUGUCGGAAAUACCUACAAGGUCGGAGGAGACUCAGGAGGAUGGAAAGUGUAUGAUAGUGACUUCUAUAACAAGUGGAGUGAGGAGAAACAGUUUCAUGUUGGAGAUACUUUGUUUUUCGAAUACGACAACGAAGUCAGCGACGUGUAUGAAAUCAACGGUGAUCUAGAAUUUAUGACGUGCGACCCAACGUCUCCUGUAGCUGUGCACAAGACAGGACACGAUCUUGUUAGGCUUAUGGAACCGGGAGUUCAUUAUUUCAUAACCUCACCCUCGGGUUCUUGUGAAGCUGGGCUUAAGCUUCGAGUGAUGGUGGGACCACAAUCCAAAGCUGUUGUUUUCCCUAAUUUUCCCAAGAAGGUGGACUUGUCAGCUAUGGAGCGCCUCAACAACUGGUUGAAGACUUUCAAACCCCAGCCCCAUCAUUAAACCAUUUGUUUUUGUUUAUUGGUUUGAUUAUUUGUAACCAGUUUGGAGUUAUUGUUGUCUCUUUCUCUCUUGUCUACUUUAGCUUUUUUGUUUUAAGAGUGUACUUAUCUAUCACAGUCAUUGUAGAGUUUAUUUGAUUCGAGGAGUAUUAAUAAACGAUGUCUUUUGUUGCCUUCAAUAAUAGAAUCCAAGUAGAGAAACGAUAUUAACAUGAGAGGUUCUACUCAUGCUAGCUACUUUGUUGAUGAACUUUUCUCCAUUCCCCCUUUGAAUCCUUCAAGAUCUUUACUGCAACGUCUGUACCGCUUCCAUCUGAUAGUUUUCCUUUAUAGACUGUUUCAAAUCCUCCUUUCCCGAGAACAUGGGAGAAUGAGUUUGUCAUCUUCUUGACUUUGGCAUAUAACUAUAUCGUUUCAACGUUACGAUUGCUUCAAUGUUUUCGCCGCUCCAAUCACUCUUUCUUCGUCUUUGCUCUCACCACUACCGUACUCGCAGUAGAAAUGAUCAUCACAAGUAAAGCUGUUGAGAUUCCUGUUAAAAAAACAAGACUAAAAAGUUAUGUUUACAUGUACACUACUAACCAUAACUUUGUAGAGGAAAAUCUUACCAGAGACGAACAAAUGGGAAGCAUAAUGAAAAUUAAUGGCAAUCUCUUAGUCAUUAGCCUCAGAGGAAAGGAAAAUAUUAAUUCAGUAUCUCACCAGAAAACCCUUUAUAUUUUCAUGGCCAAGGUAGAAUAGUAUUUUGCUUCUUUUGUUUGAUGACUAUCGUAGGAAGGUGAUUUUUUUUAUCUCAAAAUAAUCAUUACAACUUUUACUUAUGGGACAUCAUUUACACAGUGGAAAUAUACAAUGAUAAAGUCCAACAAUAUCAAACAUGAGUUUAGGAAGAUUAACUCUCAUCUACAAUAUCUCGAUCCGGUUUUUUGGGAAAGUUUAUCUUUUUUUUUGAAACCUGAGUUCAGAGUAUCUUGGCAAGGUGAAAGAGUUCAUCUCUCUAACUGGCUUGAUGUAGGCAUACUUGAAGUCUCUUGACUCUCUUCAGCAGAUACCAUUACUGCGGGUGAGCCUAAGAGAGGCUUAGGUGGAACAUGCAAAGCCUCUAGACUUCACUCUAACAUUUCAACGACUUUGUUCAUCGAUCGACGAUCAAAUGGAUUUGUUUGAAUACACCAUAAACCCACCAACACCAUUUUUUUCACUAACUUAUCUUCUUUCUCCGUCAUUUUGUUGGGGGUGAAUUUACAUCUUCCCUAAAUGUUCAUUAGACAUUAAAUUAGGCCCACUUCAUUAUGAAACCCUAGACAUCUUUCUUCUAUAAAUAAGGAGUUCUCUCCUUAUUAGAAAGGAUCGUCUCUUCUCCAUUUUAGACUUAGAACACUUCUUACAAAGGGUUUAUAGAAUCUUAAAUUAAUUUACACUAGAAACCAUUCUUAUAAUACAAUUUUUGAUCAAUAAACUCUUUUUGAUUCAUUUCUCAUUUGAUUCCUUUGAGAUUUCUCCUAAACCUCAAGAAUCUAAUAUUUUAUCUUUAGAUUCUUUUAUUGUAUUGAUUCAACAAACAUCACCAGCAUAAACACCAUUUUUGGAUCAAACAGUUAGCGCUAGAAAGAGGGGGCUAAGGAGAACUAUCUUCAAAGCAUGUCAAAUUUGGGAAAAUCCUAGAUCUGUGCUCAUCAAACUCGGUCCAAUAGAUAAGUUUACAAAACGAUAUCUCAUUACAAAAUUCGAUUUCAUUGACUACAACAUAAUAUACACAUGCUAAACCUAUGAAAAGGAUUUUAAUUAUUUUUUUAAAAAAAUUAUUAUUAUCUUGGAUUUAGGAGUCGCCGGUCAAAACGGAGAUCGUGGGAGUUCCAUCAUGGUCCCGACAACAAUCUAGCUUGAGACGGAAGCAGAGAUCGAGCAAAGCUGUUGCGUGGAUUUACAUCCCCUCAAGCCCACCGAGAUCGAACCGAAACGGUGACAUCGUCGUCCUCCGACAAAGGAAACAGAGGCCACUGCGGGUCGGUUCUUAAACUGAUGACGUUCGGGAAACUUCUAAUCUCCGGCGAGUUUGCAACCGACAACAAGCCGCUUCGUCGUUUCCCUCCGGGUCAGUUCUCCGCCGUUGCUUCCUCAGAUCCGUCGAAGCUCCACUCAACUGCAACCGGCAACAAGCUGGUCGUACAACACAUAGCUUUCGGGGAAAAGAGGUCUGAGAUCUCCAUCUCUAACCUCCGCCAGACAUCCAGCGAGUGGGCCAGUUCAGCAGCGGCCUUCGAGUUGAUAGUGAAAGCUCAUCUACGGACCAGAGAGCUUCAAAGCCGCGGGCUAGGUGAUUUGGACUCAAAGAUGAUAACUUUCGCGAAGCCCUGAUUGAGCCCAACCACGAUCUCGUAAUCACCUUGUCACAACGAUCUCGGCGUCUCGUUAUCACACGAUCUCGGCGUCUCGUUAUCACAAUGAUCUUAGCGUCUCGUUAUCACACGAUUCGAGAGACUGUUCUACGAAAUCAUCUCAAGCUCUCUAAAUCAUCUCAAGCUCUCUAAAUCAUCUCAAGCAAGGAGACUUGAGCUCUGUUUUUCAAAGACGAGGACGCUCUCAAGCCUCAAUGUCAACAGAAACAGUUUGUGUUUCAUCUUCAUCUUAACUGAUUGUGAGAAGCGGAGAUUGCAACAUCUCGCAAGGCAUGCUCCAGCUUUUACUGCCGCUGUUAUGAUUCCACUCAGCUUCACAUGCUUGUUCACUGCUCCAGACUCAUUGCAGUGACCUCUCUCAUCCUGUCUUUAAGCUCAGCCUCUCGGACAGAGGCAAUCACGUGAUGACCUUGAUAGUAAUGAUCUUGUCUCCACACCCUGCUUCCUGUGCUUCACCACCAUGACGUCUUCAAAAGCUCCGUCAAUGGCUUUGUUCUCGGCAUUCACCUCGUCACGUCACUAGUGUCAUCAAGGGAUCGUGAGAAUCACGAGGAAAGAGGCAACAAGAAGCGCAGAACGUUAGGCUUCAGAUACAUCAAUCUCUACGAGGCUUUAGGCUCCAUCGUUGCAGUCUUGCGAGAUCAGGAGAUGAGAUUGUUCUUACUGAACUCUUCUCCUCUCCUGUUUGUGCCAGUUGCGGAGAGCUCUAGAGAAGACCUUGGGAGAUCACUGUGAACCAGCCACCUCGCCACAGACGUCUGGAAGCUUGACACAAAGCCAUCUCGGCAUAUUCAUGAUCCCAGCUGUGACACCUCAAGAACAUUGGAUAAGAUCGUCGAGACCGAUCUAGUAAAGCCACCAUGUCAUCUCGCCACGAGCUCGACGAACAGAGACGGCCCCGAGAUGAGAAGAGUCAUGAUCUCUAGAGCAGCUCAAAGCUUCAAGUUCUGCUCAAGCUCCAAAACGAGAGAAAGAGGGCGCUCGCCGUGGGGAACAUAUGGGUGAUCAGACCAGCUCAGCCUCUCUUUACGAUCAGCUCAUGAUCCACUUCAAAGAAAAAGUCUCAUAUCCAACAACCAGCAACUACUCAUCCUCAAAGAUAAGUGUUGUUUAAUCUUGAUUGCUUUAUUGCUUGCAACCUAUGCAUACUGUCGAUUUAUAAAUAAAUCACUAACAUCAUAUGCAAGAGCCAAGCAAUUAUUUGAUCAUCAUCAUUGCUUGCUUAUCAAUUACACAAAACUUUGAUUAUCUCUUUUGGAUAAACUUGAUCUGACAAUUAUCAUAUUUUUCUUUGUGAGCCAGAAUCAAUUGCGAGGCAGACAUAUGACAAUCUCACACUCUGGUACAAGCUCUAGCUGACGUGAUCACGGUCCGCAUAACUCCUGUUGACUUCAUCGUCGCCAAUCGCGAGCUCACCACAGACCUCACAACUCAACAGCACAAGCCGGCACAUUUCUCAACAUCAUUAUAGCCUGACGAACACACAAGCCAACAACUUGCUUGGCACACACGAUCUCAACACGAGACUUCGGGUCAGCAAUAGUUCGGUAAACGUGUAUUGUAAGCACAAAUUUAAAUUGAACUUACUUUUUAUUAGGCACGAGUUUGCGGUCGACUCGCUUAUUGUUAGACACGAGUUUACAAAAACUCGUCUUUGGCUAGGCAUGAUUUUACAGAAGCUCUCCUUCUACUAGGCACGAGCUCUCAGUAAACUCGCCUCUGUCUUAGCAUGAGUCAAGUAAACUCGUCUUUCGCUAAGCACGAGUUUAAAGCAAACUCGUUUCUUACUAGGCACAAGUUCGAAAUAAACUCGCCUAAACCAUCAUAGGCAUGAAUAUGUCUUGUUCAUUGUCUAAUAAAUCCUAUUCGUAAACUUUACAGAGAUCGAUUUCAUCUCUCUCAACGAACUUGGGGGACUUACUGUUGGGGGUGAAUUUACAUCUUCCCUCAAUGCCCAUU